CCAUCUUAUUUGUGAGUGGCUGGCAGCCCACCAAAGUGCUUAUCACCUUCUCUCAAGUGAUCCGCCGCCGCCGCGUCAGAUAGUGCGAGGAGAUCCACCGGAGAGGAAGGCGGUCGCGUCAGAGGCUCGCUCCAAACUGACGGUUUUUUUUUGUUUUGUUUUGUUUUUUUUUUGCCUCUUUUACCACCGAUGCGCACACUUUUUUUUGAAUUAAAAGACGCUUUUUGGGGGGCGCGUUUUUAUUGCGCGUUUGUUGUCCGGGCGGAGGAGGACCAUGGCAGCUGUGGCCGUUCUGCGGAACGAGACGCUUCAAGCUUUCCUGCAGGACCGCACCCCCAACUCUUCCCCGGAGAACUGCAAGCACUCCCCGCUGGCUCUCCUGGCCGCCACCUGUAACCGCAUCGGGCAUCAUCAUCAUCACCACCACCACCACCCGCCGGGUUCCAGCCCGCCCGACUUCCUCCAGGUCCCCUACGACGCCACCACGCUGGGUUCGCCCUCGCGCUUGUUCCACCCGUGGACUAACGAGGCCAGCCCGCAGAGCAACUCCACUUUCGGACUAUCCUCCAAGCCCCAGCCGCUCGGCUCGUUCGGCUCCCCGCACGAGUUGCCCCUCACCCCGCCCGCCGACCCCGGUUACCCGUAUGACUUCUCGCCGGUGAAGAUGCUGCCGUGCUCCAUGCAGUCGGCCUGCCCGCCCACCUACGUGCCGGCGGUCAGCUACGCGGCGCCCGCCCCCACCCCGCCCGCCAUGCCCACGUUCGUAACGGGCCACGCGGGACAGAGACAGCUGUCCCCCAACCCGGCCGAGGACAUUCCGUGGUGGAGCCUGCAGCAGGGCAACCACGUGGGCCACGCGCACCGCUUCCAGCUGCAGCGGGGCCUGGUGCUGCACGGCCACACGGCCGACUUCGCCCAGUACCAGACGCAAAUCGCCGCUCUCCUGCACACCAAGUCGCCCCUGACCACCGCGCGCCGCUGCAGGAGGUGCCGCUGCCCCAACUGCCAGUCGGCGGCCACCUCCGGCGGCGGCGACGAGCCCGGCAAGAAGAAGCAGCACGUGUGCCACAUCCCGGGCUGCGGCAAGGUUUACGGCAAGACGUCGCACCUGAAGGCGCACCUGAGGUGGCACUCGGGCGAAAGGCCCUUCGUGUGCAAUUGGCUCUUCUGCGGCAAGAGCUUCACGCGCUCGGACGAGCUGCAGAGACACCUGAGGACUCACACGGGCGAGAAGCGCUUCGUGUGCCCGGACUGCUGCAAGAGGUUCAUGCGGAGCGACCACCUGGCCAAGCACGUCAAGACGCACCAGAACAAGAGGAGCAAGUGCGCCGACAAGGCGUCGGUGGAGCACGUCAAGAGAGAGGACUCGAGGAAUCAUUUCUUGUGACCCUCAUGUUCAAAACGCCGCCCAAAAA